GCACCGAGGCUGGCAGCGAAUUUAAAAGCCGAGACCAAAGGGUUUGCUGUACGGCAAGUGAAAAAGCAGAAGUGAAUUAAGCCAGCGGAGCACGCCAUAUUGUACGCCAACCGUAACCCGCAAGCAUGGCAAAACGGUGCGCUUUUCUGCUGCUAACCGUAACGCUGUUGGCGCCAAUGCGCUGCGAAACGCGCAAAUACUUCCACAGUCGUUAUUCGAGCAGCAGUAGUGGCAGCAGCAGCAGCAGUAACUUGCACCGAUCGAGCAUCACCGAUGGGUACGUCAGCACCAGCUCCAGAGCGAGCAGCAGUGCCGCGUACAUCAAAUCGAUCCCGUUGCGACUGCUCAACUGCCUUCAGCACGUGUCGCUCCUGGACUGUGGCAAGCUGUACCUUCUGCAGAACAUGGAAGCGCGCGCCUACCGCUUCCCAAACACCGGCAACCUCACGCACGACGUGCAGGACGUGCUGCUGCCCAGCUACCGGAGCGCGGACAAUCGGCUCUUCGCCGAGCGGCUGCUAGCGCUGAACGGCAGUGACGUCAACGAGCGGCUGGCGCGCGGUUUGCGCCUACUCUUCAACGAGCGCCUCAUCGAUCUGCAGCUGGUGCCGGGUGUGGCCGUACGCCUUACCCCGAGCGACACCAACGAGCUAGAGUUUUCCGUCCGCAAGGGCAUCACGGCGACCGGCGACGGCGGUGCUCCGGACGGUGCGGUCGGCCGCGACAAGGCCAAGAAGGGCAUCCGGACGGUGCUGCAGCUGGCCGUGCCGCUCGUGCUGCUGCCCUCGAUGCUGCUGGCCGGCGUGCUGCCGAUGGUGCUGCCCGUCCUCAAGUUUGCCACCAUCUUCUCGAGCAUCGUCAACCAUGCGGCGCUGGCCGCGGCCAUCAUGUACCUGGCGCGGCAGCACGCCGCCGAGCAGGAAAGCAAGCAGACGGUCUACUUUAACGCCGGCUACAACUAGGACGGCGCCCGUGGGCGUACAAGCACAAACUCCGAAACCAAAGAAGUGCUUCCCCACACAAUCAGCUUCGCGACGACUCUUCGACGACAGGAAGAAGCUGGCAAGGCUGCUGGCGAGCUGCUGGCAGGACAGCAAUGGACGGGAAUGGAUCGAGACCCACCCACCCGUGAUGGCGACU